UAAAAAGUUACUGGAAAGUCAAUGUCCAUGCCCAUUAACCGGAAAACCCAAUAAAUUCGCACCCAAUACCCACCUGCCCCACCCGAUUGCCAACCGGUUUUCUCCUUAUAAACUAAAACUUACUAAAGCAAUUGUUCCUGGUCUCCUAAAUCGCCAAGCCGUCACAGCAAAAAAACCCCUAAUUUCCCAAACCCUAAUUUCCACUUCAUCGAGAUGGCGACAGUUCCUGGGCAGCUGAUAUGGGAGAUCGUGAAGAAGAACAACUCCUUUUUGGUGAAGGAGUUCGGUAACGGAACCGCUAGUGUUAAGUUCAGCAAGGAGCCUAACAAUCUUUUCAAUCUGCACUCCUACAAGCAUUCUGGUUUGGCAAACAAGAAGACUGUUUCCAUUCAGUCUGGCGAAGAUCAGUCUGUGGUUCUUGCCACCACAAAGACAAAGAAACAGAACAAGCCUGCAUCUUUGGUCAACAGGUCCGCGAUGAAGAAGGAGUUCAGCCGAAUGGCCAAGGCUGUUCAAAACCAGGUAACGAAACAAAAUUCAUAGCUGCACACAAUGUCAAAUGUUGUAUUUUACGGGUGUUACUUUUGCAUUUGGACUGGUACUUAUAGGCGCUCAACUGUACAAGUUUGUAUCUGUUCCUUUUCCAUGGUUUUGGCCAAUUGGGUAACUAAGGUUUAGGAGCUUAAAUUAAGCCAACUUUAGUGCAGUUUUUGGAUGAUUGGAGUUGUGUGUUGCUUAAUCCAUUUAUCCACCUGAUCAGACUGCUGUUAAAUACUCUACUCUGAAGUGAGCCUCUUGUGUAAGCUCCUUCUGCAGUUUUUGUUAUGCAUUUGGUUUUUGAAUUUUUUUGUUCUAAUUUGCCAAAGUUUGCUUUUCCCUUGAGUAGUUGUCUUGUUAUCUUCUGCUUGACGUGCUUUCAGGGUUUGAAGUUUUUUUUUACUAAUACAACUUUAUAAGUGCCUGCUUUGUAAAUAUGUUUCAGAUGCUUUAUGUUUGUUUGCUGGUUUUAGACCCCAAAUCCAGUUUUAUUCUGUAGAAAACAUGCGUAAGACCACACUAGAGUGAUUUGUUUCAGAAACUAGUCCCUUUUACUGACAGUUUGUGGUGUAUAUAUGUUUUGUAGGUUGCGGAUAACUAUUACAGGCCUGACCUGAAGAAGGCUGCCCUUGCAAGGUUGAGUGUUGUGCACAGGAGCCUCAAGGUCGCCAAGUCUGGUGCUAAGAAGAGAAACAGGCAGGCUUAGAGCUUGAAUUUUGUAGUUUAAAAGUUGAGGAAGAGGAUUGUUGUACCCCUUGUAUCUAUGUCUUUUGUCGGUUCAACACUGUUUUAUUUGGAUUCUAGGGAUCUUAUAGUCUUUGGCAUUAGACGUGGCCUAAUUUAUCAUUAUCGAGUUUGUGGAUGAAUUUUUGUUUUCUAAGCCUAAGCUUUUACCUUACCAAUUGAUCUGUUGGUAUGGCCUUGAAGCCAUAAUUACCUUACCCUUGGGCUGUUGUUUUCUAGUGAAAAUUCGAUAGAGACAAAAGAAAAGCAAAGCGAACCCUGAUCUUCCUACUAAAUAAUGUGGUAAAAAAUGGAGAUGGCUGAUAUUCUUUCUGGUGAUUAUAAACUUUUUGUUUCAAUCAAUGAUAAUAAAAC